CAUUAGAAACCAAUCGGUAUCGCCUUACUUUCGUCAUUACGCUCUUGUACAAUGUGACAAAUCAAUACCAUCUGCGGGGUGUAACAAAGCUGAAAGGGGCCAACACGAGUUCGAAUGCGGAGAUAGAACAAAGAAGUUCGUUAGUUUAGGGGGUUAUGAUUCGAACCCCCAUGUUACACCAACGCCACGAGACUAUUUCCUUAUGUUCUCCAACGAUUAUUGGCAUCACGAGCAACAUAGUAGCGUACACACCACCCUGAAAUGCGCUCGAAAAUAAAGACUCUACUCGACUAGACUAGACGAUAUGGCCAUGUCUAGAUCGCCACCGCGUACAGCCUCGGGUAAUGUUAUAGCAGAUGGGAAAUAUAAGUUACUACUCAUUGCGAGUUCCUGUAAAAGAAAAUUCCUUUGUUUAUCAUAUUUGAUUCAAUCGAGUUGUGUUGAUUUGAUGUCGGGGAACUUGUGUUAGUUCUUACCCCUAGUUUGACAGAGAAACUAUUUCACUACAAAAUUUGCUACUACCACCUAUGUGAAGUUCCUAGUUACAGGAAGGGACAUAUCAACAUGGGAUCCUUACCAGAAAAGACCAACACUCCUGAGACCCUCGACUUAAUUGUCGUAGGUGCUGGGAUAUCCGGUAUCAACAGUGCCUAUAGACUGCAAACGGAGUUUCCGCAAGCUACGUUUGCCGUCUUCGAAAACCGAGACAGCGUCGGCGGCACUUGGGAUCUCUUCAAAUAUCCAGGGGUUCGAUCAGACACAGACCUCUACAUGUAUGGCCUUACAUGGCAUCCCUGGCCGUAUCCCAAAGCCAUCGGACAGGGUAGCCAGAUAAAGGAAUAUCUAGAAACAUCCGUGUCUAAGCACAACCUCGAUCGUCAUAUUCGGUUCAGGCACAAAGUCCUGUCUAUGAACUGGUCUUCCAAGUCAGCACAGUGGACUGUGAACGUGAGCCAUGAUGGCGUUCUUAAGGAGUUUAAGGCACGCUUUGUAAUUCUAGGAACAGGAUAUUACGACUACGACACUCCACGGCAGGCCCAUAUUCCUGGCAUUGAAAACUUCAAGGGCCAGGUUAUCCACCCUCAGUUCUGGCCUGAUAAUUUCGACUAUGCCGGGCGAGACGUGGCCGUCAUCGGUAGCGGAGCAACGGCUAUUACACUUGUCCCCAGUCUAGUGAAGAAAGCUAGCAGAGUUACUAUGAUACAGAGAAGUCCUUCUUACAUAUUAGCAGUGCCCGACGAUGAUACCCGUCCGGCAUGGAUGCACCCAUUCCUACGAGUGUGGAACACGAUCUUCUCUUGGUUCGUCAUACUAUUCUGCAAGUAUUAUCCUAUGUACGCCAAGAGCUAUCUCAUCAAUAAGGCGCUUCCACAGCUGCCAAAAUCUGUCGACAUUGACCCUCACUUCACGCCUCGAUAUCUACCUUGGGAGCAGCGCCUCGGCUGGGCUCCCUCGGGGGAUUUUUACCAAGCUCUCCAUGAUCCGAGAACAAGUAUCGUAACCGGCGCAAUCAAGCGUGUCACAGAUAAGGCUAUUGAGAUGGAUAACGGCCAAGUAAUCGAAACCGACGUGAUAAUUACAGCGACGGGGUUAAGAACGUUGCUCGGCGGGCAUAUUGAUAUCAGGGUGGAUGGCGAAAAGAUAGAGUGGGGAGGCAGAUUCAUAUGGAACUUCUCAAUGAUACAGGACAUUCCCAACAUGAUGCUCGUGAUGGCAUACGUCAACAUCCCAUGGACUAUAAACGCCGACUUAGUUACUACCCGCUUUUUCCGAGUCUUGAAGCACAUGCAGAAGCGUGGCGCUAGGAUUGCUGUCCCACGCGUUCCGAAGGACUCGACCAUGAAAACUGAGCCAUUCUCUCCUCUGACAUCUACCUUUUAUACCGAGGUAGAGGAUAAGAUGCCGAAAUAUGGCACAAGCGGGCCAUGGAAAAGAAAGGUCCAUGUUCCCCUUGACUAUAUCAAUGCUCAUUGGGGGGAUGCUACGACUGGCUUGGAAUUCCACCCCUGAUUGAUACAACCAAUCUUAGCAAAAAGCAGUAAUGAAUUAUGUAUGUGUGAAGUGAAAGGAUAUGCGUCCAGACGAAAGUAUGACCGGGAGGAUUCGGGCUAUAAGGAUUCCACGCCAUCAAGUACAUAACACUCAUUUCAGCUCACUGAUGAGCUUAGUACUAGGUAGUCUUACUAUAUAAGUUCCUUCGGUUUCA